CAGGAUUUGUUAUCUGUAUAAAAACGGUGGCGCUAUAUGACCCGCAGCAACAGCGCCGUGGUUACCAGAACGUAUAGUAGAAAUCUCUCAACAGAAUGUUAAUGGUCGGUCAAACGAACGGUUCGAACUGCGCACAUUUGUGAUUCCAGAGCCGGUUAGUUCUCCCUACAUGCGUGUGCUGCAACACUUCCGUUACCAUUGUCGACGACGACGGAACCGCAAUGGCAGUCGUCCGGAUGGUCACGAAACGGUUUUUCACCACCCACGACGCCAACAACGUUAAUAAUUAUAACAUCGCCGCCGUUAUCUUGUGUAUCACAACUAUAGUCCUGCAUUCAGGCGACGCAAGAGUGUUGGACGACAAUUACGGAAGAUACAUUGGGUACUUUAAGGGCAUCGCUCAUGGUGUCCGCGGAACAGUGUACGCAGUAGAUGAAAACACGCUAUUCGUCCGGGAUUUCUUCUACGAUGGUAUUGGCCCGACUGCUUAUUUUUGGGCUGGAAAAUCAUCAAGAAUUUCUCCGGACGGAUUUACAAUUCCAUAUCCAGAGGACUAUCCGGCAGUGGAACCGCCCCCGCUACAGACGCACAACAAUUCAAACAUCAUAUUGCGGUUGCCGGGCGGAAAACGCAUCAAAGACAUCAAAUGGCUAUCAGUCUGGUGUAGGCGGUUUACGGUAAACUUCGGCGAGGUGUUCAUACCGGUCACUCUUGACCCACCCAAACCACGGAUCUUACCUGAGUUCAAACGUUACGCUCACAACUUGCGAUCGGGCAACAUCAGUAUUUUGGACGCACGAACAUUCUACAUACCAAAUUUACACUACGACGGCUUGGGGCCGGAUGCAUAUUUUUUCGUCGGAAACGGUUCGGAGCCGUCGCCGUACGGCGUCAAAGUACCAAACGAAAUCGGCAGCUUGGAACCGCUGAAGGGCUACCAGGGGGAAGACAUAGAAAUCCAAUUACCACGAAGCCUGACGAUGCACUCGAUCGAUUGGCUGGCCGUCUGGUGCGUGCAGUACACGCACAAUUUCGGUCACGUCAACGUACCGGACGACUUGGACGUGCCGCCGGCGUUGGGACAGACCAAGCUCACCCCAACAUGGUGGUACAAUCCAACGAGCAGUACUACUUCAGAUCCCGAAAGGCAUUGGGAGAUGAGCAACUGUCGAGAACUAUUACCCGAUAAAUUACAAGUGCACUGGGAAGUGCAAGGCGAUUGGGUUCAAGUGCAGUUGACCGGGAAGAUACGAGAAAACCAAUAUAUGGCAUUUGGUCUCAGUGGCAACCAAAAUAGCGUGACGAUGAUCGGUGGUGACGUGGUGGUAGUGUUCUACAAUCAGGCGAAGAACUCGUUCCACGCGGAGGACUAUUACCUAUCUGCUACCACCGAGUGCGACGACAAAAACGGAGUGUGCCAGGACGAGCGGUUGGGGGGCAGGAACGAUGCGGUUCUGGUUACCGGCACUCGGCGUAACGGCGUUACAUGCGUCGUGUACCGGCGGCCGGUACAGACCAACGAGCCCAUCAAUGACCAGCCAGUGCCCGUGGACGCGGCCGCACUGGUCAUUGCAGCCAUCGGCCCACUGGGAAGUUUCGACCAGCCCGGCGCGCAUGCCAUCCAGGACAUGACCAGAGACGAAAUACGAAUAAAUUUCAACUCCAGGGACGAUCACUCGUGUUCGGUUUCCCUAUUCAAUCUGGACGAUGACACGGAGCUGUCCGCUUGGCCGCCUAACAUCAUCAUUGGCGAGAAAGAGUUUAGAGCCAAGCUCGGGCCAUCAGGUGGCGCUCGGGGUUACAUGGCUAUUACUGGGCAUUCCACGGGCGACGUCGUCUGGUACAUAAACGACAAACUUAUACCUGAAAUCUACGUGGAGAGGAGACAGACAUACACGUUCAUUGUCGAAGGAGGGAAUGACCCCAACAAAGGCGAACACUAUCAUCCGCUUUACAUCACGGACAGCAGUGAAGGAGGAUUCGGGCAGAAAGACGACGCGGAACAGAGGAAACAGCGGGUCUUUGCCGGAAUCGUCUACGACUCUGACGGAUUACCUUUUCCUACUACAGCCGGUCGAUAUUGUGAAUUCAAAUUUAAGUCUUACGACCGUUCAUCAGAAAUGGAAACCUUCAACGCCUUUCUUGACUCUUUGAAAUUAUCGUGUGAAAAUGGUAACGUUGGCUUACUAAACUGGACGGUGGCUGAAGAAACACCGGAUCUGGUCUACUAUCAGAGCUAUUCACAGACUUUCGUGGGAUGGAAAAUCCACGUGGUCGACCCCGGGUACAAGUGGAACGACGACAAGAACGCCGCGGCCAGCAACCAGCGCGGCGGUCUGCCGUGGACGUGCGCGCUUUUCACCGCUCUUGUAGCCGUCGUCCAGCGGAUAUUCACGAUUAGUUUACUGUGAUGCGUACGAUCCGGUAAAUAGCGGCCCGACGGUGAUGACGGAGGAGCGGCGGCGGCGGCCUAAUCACAACAAUACCACCACCGACUAAUAACAAUAAUAAUGGUACAACACUCGACGUCCGCCGCCGCCGCCACCGUCGUCGACGUCGGAGAUCUCCGAACACCAGUGACGUGAACGUUUGUUGACCGCGAGAAUAACGAUAUUAUUACUUACCGUCCGUAUAAAAAAAAUGUUAUCUUCGGACGACAUUUUUCGUACCUUUUCUGUGCAUGCCACUGAACAGUCUUACCACAGUUUCGUCGCAUUUAUUACCGUACGAUUAGUACGGUGGGCUUAAUAAUAUUAUUAUAGUCGCGUGUGUACAUAGAAUAAUAAUUUUUUUUUUUUAAUUAAACGUUUUCGUCUCCGGCGUUCGGGAGCCCGUCGUUUCGACAACUAAUGUUUUUAAUUGAUAUUUCGAUACCUACAACUACAACAACUAUAUAAUAUAGGACAACAUACGAUGCGAGCGAAUUUCUAUCAAUCUUCGCUGUCGCAUAUUUUAAUACCUUACUAUAUUAUGUGCUUUCCGUUUUUACGUCCGUGAUUUGUGAGUUGGCACGCCGUCGUCCAAAGCACCUGUCCCAGUGUUCGCGACCAUCCCGAGUCUGACAUUGAAACAUUUGACCGAUUACAGUAGUAUUAUUCAAUAGCUGAAGGUACCUACCGUCUACCGAAACAAUUAAAACGAAACGAAUGAAUACAGAAAAUGUGUGGUGGGUUUGUUCAUUUCUAUUUUUAACGAUUAAAAAUAAAAUACUUCUGAAAAAUGUAGUAUUACGAUAUUAAUAAUAUGAAAUAAAAUCAUAUAUCAGUCUUUCAUAAUAUUAUACAAUGAUGACGACGUCUGUUAUUGAUUUAGAUUCGCUAUUUAGAAUAUAAUUUAUUUAUUAAACUUGAGUAUACAUUAAUAUACGAGUACCAAUAUUAUCGUUAUACUCAUAGAUUGGUCUAUUUUCGAUCAAAAACUUUUGAUUUGCUAUUCGAUUUAAUACUAUGUAGAAAAAAUAUUAACUUAAUUUAUUAAAAUAGCAGAUAGGUACCAGGUACGUACUAUAAUAUAGUAAGUUUGAUGUUCGAAUGUUUCACACUUCAUGGCCAUCUUAUCGCAUCUGACUUGCGGGCGACGACGGAGGUCGGCGACGGUUACAGGUGAACUAACACCGAUAACGACAAACAAAACACGUUAAUCCCGUUAAUUUGGAUAUCGAAUGGUGUUCAUUAUUGUUUGUCAUCUAUAGGGCAAAUAGCAAUAAUACCUAAUACUAUUUUUAAAAGCGGUACCUGGUUCUCUUACGAGCAAUACUACUUACCUAUAUAUUAUCAAAAAGUUAUAAAUAUUAUAAAAUCAAGAACAGAGACACACCGACCGUGUUCAACGCACAAACUAAACGUAAAACGAAAAUGCAGUUUACCCAACAUUAAGAAUAUCAAGCAAAACCAAACAUAUCAUUUGUAUAAUAUCAUUAAUUGUGCACAUAGUAAACUAAUAAUUGUGUGGAUUUUCGCUGUAGACGUUAAGGCAUAUUAUUAUAAAUUAUAAUAAUAUAGGUAACAUAAUUUAAUGUAUAAUAUUAUACAUUAUUACGCACUUUUAACGGUAGAUCGUUGUAAGUAGAAUAUAUUAGAAUUUAGUAUACUAUUAUACAUUUAGUUCGUACGGUUAAGUCGUAAAUUCAAUAUUGUAUAUUAUUAAGCUUCUUUGCUGGUAAUUAUUUUCUCCGAUAGACAUACAAAAGAGACCUCGCCGCCGCCUUAAAAAAAACAAUAUUAUUAUAAUAAUAUAACAGUAGUGGUAUUUCUGGGAUAUCCCAACAGAAUUCGCACAACAAAAAAGAAGGGUGGCCGUCGGCUGACGAGAAGAGUUUCGCGAAUGCAAUAAAUUGUAGUUCGGUUUCCACAAUAAUACAAAACAAGUAAUUAGAUAAAUACUAAUUAAAUCAUCUUACAGCAUGUCGGCAUCGUUAUCGACAAACAAAGAUUAUAAUUUAUUAUGAUAUCAGGUGUUCUGUUUGUUCGAUAUUUGUCGCAAUGUAGUAUGUAGAUGUAUAGGUAAACAUUUUAUAACACACGUUAAUUCGUAGUCAAACUAUUUCGUAAUUUCGAUGAAAAUAAAUAAACAUUCUGAAAAAUUCAACCUCCGCCGUCUAUAAUAUAAUAUUAUUUUUCUACAGAUAUGGCACAUGACGUUUGCGCAUAUAUGUGUAACACGACAACCAACUCUUCGGCUCCAUGUUCAGCAUAAAAAUCCAAUAUUAAGUAAAUUUUUUGUCUUUAUUACAAAUGAUAAACCAGAAGAGGUAGAAGGAUUUUGAAUGAGAAACGUCGUUUCAAGAACUCGAAAAGAAAAGUGAUGAUCCAUAGACGCCCACCUAAACAAUAUCCAAGUAAUAAGACGCACA